UCUUUUUUCCAAAGAAGAAGAAGAUAGGCAGGCAAAGACAGCGUAGUUUUAUGUCCAAUGGAAACGAAUAAAGAAGCAAAUAAAUUUCAGGCGUUGAUGUUGGGUUGAGAGUUGAGACCCGGGAAAGUUAAACGUAAGAUGGUGGUAUUGGGUUGCCUCGGCCAAUUUAGCUCCUCUUCUAUCAUACCCACAACCUCUUCUUCUUCUUCUUCUUCUUCUUCACCUUCAACUUCAAGCUCCACACCGAAGGGACUCCUCACAAGGCGAAGGACCUUACUAGUGGGUCCUACUGCUCUUGUUGCUUCCUUACUCUGCCUGUACAGCCCAAUUCGCUCACCCCCUUCAUUUCACAAUAUUGCACUUGCUCUGCAACAGCAAGAUGAACUUCAGCAAGAAGAAGACCACAUGGUCCAUCUUUUCCAGGAAGCUUCUACAUCCGUGGUUUUUAUUAAAGACCUUGAGAUAGACAAAAACCUCAAGACCUCGUCUAAGGAAUUCAUGCUUAGUGAGGAUAUAAAUGCAAAAGUUGAAGGGACAGGUUCGGGCUUCAUUUGGGAUAAGUUUGGUCAUAUUGUAACGAAUUACCACGUUGUCACAAAAUUAAUUACUGAUACAAGUGGACUGCAGCGUUGUAAGGUGUAUUUGGCAGAUUCAAGGGGCAAUGGCUUUUAUAGGGAAGGCAAGAUUGUUGGUUAUGAUCCAGCAUAUGAUUUAGCAGUUCUUAAGGUUGAUGUUGAAGGAUAUGAACUAAAGCCAGUUGUUGUCGGUACCUCUCGUGAUUUACAUGUGGGGCAGAGCUGCUUCGCCAUUGGAAAUCCUUAUGGAUACGAGAAUACACUAACUGCAGGGGUGGUUAGCGGAUUAGGCAGGGAGAUACCUUCACCGAAUGGAGGGGCCAUUAAAGGAGCCAUUCAAACAGAUGCAGCUAUUAAUGCUGGAAAUUCAGGUGGGCCAUUGAUUGAUUCAUAUGGCCAUGUUAUUGGAGUUAACACAGCAACUUUCACUCGCAAAGGAACAGGAGUAUCAUCUGGUGUCAACUUUGCGAUACCAAUUGAUACUGUUGUGCGCACUGUACCUUACCUCAUCGUCUAUGGAACACCUUACAGUGAUAGGUUUUGAUAAUUUUAUCCCUUACAUCAACCAGAUGCUUGGAGUGAGAGGUACACGAAUGUUUUCAGUGUUUUUGUAUGAUCAUUCAUGGAUAAAAGCCACGAUUAUGGUGCGUUCGAUAGGAGAGACAAAAGAUGAUAGAGAAGCCACUGUUGUAUUUCAUAGGAGAGAUUGAAAGGGAGGACAGAAAGAGGUCCACAAUGUUUUACAAACCCAAUUCAGUUUCCAGAUGUUAUUUGUAUAUACUCACAAGUAUUCCUCAUUUACAAAUGAGGUCCUUUUCAUGGCUUCGGUAAAUAGAGAGAUUCCAUUUGGUAGUAAACAUGUGGUCGUUUUAUCCUCUCAAUAAAUUGUUUUUUAUUUA